AUGGAAACUCAAGUGAAGUACAUGUGGGUUGUAGUGUUUGUUGUGAGUAUGAGCAUUGCAGGGUUCAAUGGAGUGGAUGCAACUCAUGAUUAUUAUGGUCCCUGUGGGAAACAUGACAUUGAGAAGGAAGCUCAGAAGCUGUCUCCAUGUACAUACGCUGCAAAAUACUGGAGAGCUCCGGUUUCUGAGCGUUGUUGUGCCAUAAUAGAGAAAAAGCUCAGCAAUCCAGGCUGCCUCUGCGCUAUUCUGCAAACUCGUACCGCAUACGAUGCGGGGGUGAGGCCAGAAGUUGCAGUGACCAUUCCAAAACGCUGCAACAUUGCAGUUCGUCCUGUUGGUCACAAGUGCGGAGGUUUCCCAUUUGUUUAA